AUGGAUACCUCUGGAUUGAGCGCCGCUGAGCAGCAGCAUAUGCUGGCUAUCAUCGAGAAGAAGCAGAUGCAAGAACUCAUGAGGACAUACUCCAGCCUUGUUGAGCGCUGCUUUAGCUCAUGCUGUAACGACUUUACGAGCAAAGCACUGUCUUCUAAAGAGGAAUCGUGUAUGCAGAGCUGUGCGGCGAAGUUCAUGAAAUACUCGGAGCGCGCAGGGGCGAGGUUUGCGGAGGAGAACGCAGGCGCAAUGAAAGCAGUGGGCAAGUAA